GGAGAAUGGAGGGGAUGUUGCUCUUGAACUCUAACUUUAGACUUCGAUUUCCCCUCUUGUUGGCCCAGGAGGCCGCCCCGGGCCCUCUCCGGCCGGUCCCUAUUUUUGCUCUGUCGGGUCCCUGCCUCUUUGCAAGAGAAAAGCGGCGGGGGAGCGAAAAGAUUGCAAGAUUUUUCCUUUCCCCUUUGCAUUCUUAAGGCUCAGACAACUACGCCCAUUGCUUCCUGGUAGGUUUUGCUGAAUGGGGGAGGGGCAGGGCAGGCAGCAACGGAAACCAGACAUUAGAGAUAAGAGUCUGCACAGCUUAUAUGCAACAGUCUUUUUCACUGCAGCUGCAUGAGUUGUGCCUCAUAAUGCUCCCGUGACCAGGACCUGACAACUUCAAUUUUUUUUUUUCUUCCACCGUUGUCAUCUUCAAAUAAUGCAUCCCGCAAUGCCUUGGGCAAUCUCCCUCCAGUCUGGUUGCCUCUGAAAAAAAAAUUAAAAAAAAAUGUGAGAGGUUGGUACUAAGAAGUGCCUUUCCUGACGUCUCUGCUGCUUGGAACCGCUUCUAGAUCAGUUUCUGCUUUUGCCUUGCUUGCUGCCAGCUAGACUGCGACGACAGCACGUCCACCCUCCACCUCUAGCCCAGACACCCCCAUUUCUACUUAUAAUCAAGAGAAAAGCUCUAAGUAUCUGGCAUUGUCCUAGGCUGCUUUAGUGUUUUUUUUUUAAAAAAAAAGAAAAGUUUGCUGAAAAAGUAAGAUAUCUUCUGCCAGAAAAUCAAGGAGGAAAAAAAAUCAUUUCUCGAUUGUUGCUCUAAACUGCUGCAUCUGUCUAUGCCAAACUAAUCAAUACCAAUUGCACCACAAAACCCGAUUGCAAAUUCAGCUGUGAGGAGAUUACCUUUCAGACAACUUUACUGAAAGCAGCUUGGAAAUUCUGUGUCAAAGGGUCUGCCACGUUUUCAUGCUUGCAUUUUGGGCUCCAAAUUGGCACUGGGAAUGGGUUUCUGAGAGCACAAGGCUGAUUCCCAGGCCCAUUUUUAAACGUUCAGUCUACUUAUGAUCCUAGCGUUCCUCUGAGUACCCAAACCUCUUUCGAUUAACAGUUUCAUGCUGUGCAUUUCUAGUGGGAGAUCAUUUCCUUGAUAUCGACAACACCAUUUUACGUGUUCCUGUAAAGCAGGGAGCGGGGGAAGAGCUAUUUUGGAGGUGACUAUUUCACCAUUUCCAGUCUAUCAGUUCGGCUUUUUUGGGGGGUUUGUUUGUUUCACUGAAAUUUUAACUACCUGUAAAAUCUAAACAUGGCUGUUAGUGUCACACCGAUUCGGGACACAAAAUGGCUAACGCUGGAAGUGUGUAGAGAGUUCCAAAGAGGGACUUGCUCACGACCAGACACGGAAUGUAAAUUUGCACAUCCAUCGAAAAGCUGCCAAGUUGAAAAUGGACGAGUAAUCGCCUGCUUUGAUUCAUUGAAAGGUCGUUGUUCAAGAGAGAACUGCAAAUAUCUCCAUCCACCCCCACACUUAAAAACACAGUUGGAGAUAAAUGGACGCAAUAACCUGAUUCAGCAGAAGAACAUGGCCAUGUUGGCCCAGCAGAUGCAACUAGCCAAUGCCAUGAUGCCCGGUGCCCCAUUACAACCUGUGCCAAUGUUUUCGGUUGCACCGAGUUUAGCCACCAAUGCAUCCGCAGCCUUUAAUCCCUACCUGGGACCUGUUUCCCCAGGCCUGGUCCCAGCCGAAAUCCUGCCGACAGCACCGAUGUUGGUUACAGGGAAUCCUGGGGUCCCAGUACCUGCGGCUGCGGCUGCUGCUGCCCAGAAAUUAAUGCGGACGGACAGGCUCGAGGUAUGUCGAGAGUAUCAACGUGGCAAUUGUAAUAGAGGAGAAAAUGACUGCCGGUUUGCUCACCCCGCUGACAGUGCAAUGAUCGAUACCAAUGACAAUACGGUCACCGUGUGUAUGGAUUACAUCAAAGGGAGAUGCUCUCGGGAAAAGUGCAAAUAUUUUCACCCCCCUGCACACCUGCAAGCCAAGAUCAAGGCUGCCCAGUACCAAGUCAACCAAGCUGCAGCUGCUCAAGCAGCAGCCACUGCAGCUGCCAUGACUCAGUCGGCUGUCAAAUCACUGAAGCGACCCCUCGAGGCAACCUUUGACCUGGGAAUUCCUCAAGCUGUCCUUCCCCCAUUACCAAAGAGGCCUGCGCUUGAAAAAACCAAUGGUGCCACCGCAGUCUUUAAUACUGGUAUUUUCCAAUACCAACAGGCUCUUGCCAACAUGCAGUUACAACAGCAUACAGCCUUCCUCCCUCCAGGCUCAAUAUUGUGCAUGACACCCGCUACAAGUGUUGUUCCCAUGGUGCACGGUGCUACGCCAGCCACUGUGUCCGCAGCAACAACAUCUGCCACAAGUGUUCCCUUCGCUGCAACAGCCACAGCCAACCAGAUACCCAUAAUAUCUGCCGAACAUCUGACUAGCCACAAGUAUGUUACCCAGAUGUAGAUUUUUCAUCACCAAACAAUCAUACUAAAGAGAAAAGGACAGUGUGCUUGGUUAGAGUAAAGGACAAGGUCAUUAGCCAUAUUGUAUAUAUCGUCAAGCAAACUGCACCCCUCCCCACACACACUCACACACACGAAAAAAAAAAAAUCCCUCAGCAGCAUCCACAUAUUGCAUGUUAACAAGAUGAACAGACAACUUGGAUAUCCACUGCACACUGUUGCCUAUAUACUUUGUACAUUUAAUUGAUAUUUGUGCUGAGGUGACCUUACUGUCCAAAAGUACAACAUCGUCUUUCUUUUCUAGCACAGAAAUAUGCAUUGGAAUAUGCACCCAUAGUUGAAUUCUGAUAAACUCAUGCCAUCUUGAAAAGACAGACUAUGGUGUAACCAUGACUCUAUUAUGUAUUGGUACGUCUGUAGACCAAGAUAUAAUUUUUUAAAGUAAGUUUAUUUCUUUCAAGGUUUACAAAUAACAAAGGUGCACCUUGUAUUUAAAAUUGCCAUUGUAGACGAGAGCGUGCAUGCGCAGUCAUUCUUGUUUAAGAGUAAUAUUUUUAAUGUAAUAAAUUGUAAGAAUUGGUAAGGGAGGGAUCGGACAGAGAUGAAUGUGCCAAGCAAAACCACAACUGUGUAUAUUUUAAAGCAAAUCGUAGCUUUAAAUACCAUGUUGUUAAGGAUUCUCAUGAAGUGCCAUAGACUGUACAUCAAAUUAGAGUAUUAUUUCUGCAGUGUUAUUAUUUUCAGAGCCACUUUUUUUUUUGCUUAUUUGCUAGAAUUGAACAAAGGGCACCAUUUUUUUUUUAAACCAAAGCUGUCUCAGAAAUGGCCAAUUUAUCCUUAAAAUAACCAUAGACAGCACAAGACAAACUCUCAUUGCAGACAACUUACACAUACUGGAGAUACAUAGAGAUUAUAUAUAUAUACAUAUAUAUAUAUAAUUAUUUUAAUGCAUUUUAGUGUAAUAUUUAUGCAUAUUAUACUGUGUAACAUGAUACUCAAAAGGGAGGUGCCAUUUCUGAGACACGGCAAUGAAAAUAUUGGAAGAACUUAUUUUGCUUCUAUUUAUAGCCUCUGUCAGAAGUCAAAAGACUAUAAAUGCUUUGCAGAAAUGGUUUCACUUUUUGCUUAAAUGCUUCAUCUAAGUCACAUUCAAAAUAGUGACUCUAAAACAAAGAAGCAGCACUGUCAUCAGAUGCAUGAAAAACCAAAAUAUGAAAAACAGAAAUGUUAAUUCAGUAGUAAUUGGGUGGGUUCAGUACUUGGGGGAGUUUUAUAUGUGAUUUUUUUGUUUUGUUUUGUUCAGAUUAACUGCUUAUAGCCUUAGAAAGCCUUUACAAAAUAAAAAAAAAAUAGAUGUGCAUUCAGUUUUUAAGAAUGGAUUCAUCCAAAGGAAUUCCUUUUUGUGGUUCGGAUGUUGCAGCUAGUAAAGGAUAUUUUUGCUCUGUUCAGCAAGCCUGUGGUUGCUGAAGUGGGGGCCAGGUCACUGGUAGUUUAGUGUGGAAUGGAAGAGGUGAAGGUUUAGUUAUAGAACUUUCUGUACUUCCAAGUUUACUGCAAGUUUUUAUGCUUGAGAGAUACGCUUUCUAGUAUAAGAAUGAUGUGUUGAUUUUACUGAUUGUACUGUACAUCUAUUAAAGCCUUAGAUUAUUACAUUACGGGUUGGAACCCAUACCAAUGUAAUUUCAAUCGUGUUAAGAAAGUAUAGGUGACUUCACAUGUUAUUGUAGUUACUUACAUUAUAGAAUAUUACUUAUUUUUCUUGUUAAAAAUGUAGAUUUUCAUUUCUUACAUUUAUUAGAUUGUUUUCAUUUUCUAUUACAAGUUGAAUACCAUUUCAAUUUUUAGAAUUUUGUUUUAUUAGAUUUUACUGAUGUAUUUUUCAAAAUACAAAAAAAAUUAAAAAGUAGUUUUUUCCUUCAUAACAUACUCAGUUUUAAAUUACAUGUAGUGUCAUAUGAGUAUUCGUAUUAUUGUUAACUAAAUGAUUUAUAUUUUACUGAUUUAAUAUUACAAUGUAAGAAUGUCAGUCAUCGUUAGUUCUUGUCUAGUUUUCAUUAAAAGAACAAAGAUCUUUUAUAUGGAUAUCUUAUAAUUAUAUAAUCAUUGCUAAGUAAGAAGUUAAGUUGUUGCUAUCGCAACAAUCCUGGCAGACAAUUGAGUAAUAUUUUGAUGAUUUAUUUUGUUUGUAAUUAGUUAUUAUAAGAAAAAUCUAGUUCCUAGAUAUUAGAAUAAAAUUUAUUUUCUACUGUAUCCAUUACAAAUGUUAAAAUAUUGUUUAAAUAUUUUUUGAAAUCCCUGAAUAUCAGGCCUUGUUAUAAAUAAGCUGCAUAAUCAAUAGAUCAAGGGACUUUUUGUUGAUAAUCCAAAUACUCAAAGUUUACGUAACAAGAAUUCUAGUGGUUGUGCAAACUCUUGAGGGUGGAUUAUGCUGCAGUUUAGCAUGUUGGGAUGUCUAGAGAGAAGGUUGACUUUUUGCACUUCUGUAUAUAGUCAAAAAAGAGAGAAACCUGUAUAAUAGUAAGAUCUUAUUUUGAAUAAAAAUGUCUAUAAUUACAAGGAGUUUUGUUAAGGCUAAUACAAUGACAGGCUGAGCAAAAUUGCUUGCAAAAGUGGCACAGAGUUAGCACUCCAUACCCCUUCCAAAAAGUGGCUUUGCUUUUUUGUGGACAGCUUGUAGUUUGCCAGGAUUUUUUUCAGCUGGAAAGAUAUGCCAUCCUUCCGAGAUCUCAUGACUGACAAAAGCUCAACUGGUCCAAAUCGGCCUGAAGAUCAUCGCCCAAACGAGCAGGUACUUCAACCGCUAAGGGUGAAAUCAUGGAUCAAGUAUUCCUUACAUUAUUCAAAACUACUGCAUGUUUAAACUAUCAGAAAAAAGAGAGAGAGACCUAUAUUAAGGAUAUAUACUAUUCAAACCAGUUUCUGACCAUUUCAGUGGUUUAUCGUUCACAAAACCAAAUCUUCAAAACAAGUAUUGACUUUCACACAAAGUUAAUUCAUGAACAGGCAAACCAAACAGCACACCGUAGCUGUAGUUGUUAUGUGAUUGUUUUUGAUCGCUGUAGUGAUCCUGUUCUUUUAGCAGGUGAAAAGAAAAUGUGCAAAUUUCACUGUUUCAAGAUCCUGAAACAUUCAAAACAGAGCCUAAUGUUCUAAGGCAAAUGCGGAUAAAGCAGUGAGAUUCGGCUGUCGUUUGAUCGGUGUAUAAUCAGUGUCCAGAUGGAUUUGAUAAUGUUGCUCUGAUUUGCAACCCUAAAACUUUCAUCUGCUGAAAGGACAGAUGUGCUUGGUUUUACUAUUAUGUAAUCACAGACUUACUUUCUGCUUGUAGUUGCUCCAAUUAUGUAUUCUGUCCUGGGCUGCAAUUUGUUUUUAUGCUUAUUUUAUUAUUACUGCUCUAGUUGACCUUGCUGUAUGGAAAAAUAAAGUGAAAUUGCCCUAAUAAAACUUCUCUUUCUUAAUUAGA